GAUAGAGUGGGAAACCGAGUGAGAGAGCAAAAGAGAGAGAGAGGCAGAGAACAGACAGUUUAAACAGCGCUGUUUUGGAAAGGAGGGACUUCCAGCGCAGCAGCAGAGGCAGCAUACUGAUCCUCCACACAGUAACCUAGCGGUUGAGCAGAACUCCAGAGCACCAACCUCCCCCCCAGCCUGACCUGUCUCCAUCCCAGCAGACAGCUGUCCACUGACGGAAGAGAGAGAGAGAGAGAGAGAGAGACACACCAGGGAGAAGGAGAGGAUCCCACACAACUCAUCCCACUACAGUCUGCACUAAAAACGCCUCAAGCUGUGGCUAGGAGAGCAGAUAGACAGGCACAGGUGCUGCAGACGGCAGUCAGAGAGGGUAGGAGGAGGAGACUACAGCUCCAGAGCGGAAUAGCUAGCUCGAACCUAAGAGGAAUUCCAAAAACAGCUGUACCGAGAGCGAGCGGCGAGAGCAGCGCUGCCCCAGGGCAGAGACAGUAGUCAGUCAGCACCAGUGAAUUCGGGCACCACACCUCUUUAGCAGUCAGCACUAGGACUGCAGACCUUCAGGAGGACAGUGGACACCUUCUGACAGGAACCAGGAACUUAUCCCAGGAAUUACAAAAGGUGAGGGAAAGGAAAGUGGCUGGUUGACCACUCUGCAACCUCAUAGACAACACUGGUGAGAACUUGGACUCCUGAUCAACUUGGAUUUCCUGAUUUAAUAACACAAAUAUCGAAGCUAUCUUCGGAGCAGCACAAGACAACACAGCCAUUUCAUUGAGAAUGUAAUUUCCUCAUCUUCCCAGGGAGACCUUGUGUUCAGUGUGAAGUUCUUCAACAAUCCUAAAGUUCUAGGAGUGUCCUCUUUUUGUCCUUCAUCUCUGAGCUAUUUUCGACAGUGACCACCAUGCCUGCCAAAGCACCCAUCUACCUGAAGUCCACAAAUAGCAAGAAAGGCAAGAAGUGUCGUCUGAGAGACAUCCUGUCCCCAGACAUGAUCAGCCCACCGCUGGGGGACUUCCGCCACACCAUCCACAUCGGAAAGGGAGGUGAGAGGGACGCCUUCGGGGACAUGUCCUUCCUCCAGGGAAAGUUUGAGCUCCUGCCUGGGAAAGGUGAGGUGUUCCGUCCGCAAUACGGCGUCCACAACGAGUUCCUGCGGGCCAACAGCGCAUCUGACGCCCAGUUCUCCGAGACACCCUCUCCCGUUCUAAAGAAUGCCAUCUCGCUCCCUACAAUUGGAGGCUGCCAGGCCCUCACCCUACCCCUCCUCUCCACCGCUGUGUUCUCUAUGCCCGCUACGGACCCCCUGGGUUGCAUGGUAGGGCGGGUCCCUACCCCUCCCCUGGGGGGCCCAGAUGGGGCUGACAUCCUGGAGAUGGAAACCCUGUUGCGUUCCAUCGAGGUCAUCAGCAGCGGCCCAACCACACAUUCGACAGAAGUCACAACCAAACCAGACGUCCUGCUGGAUCUGAUAGAGAAACCAGAGAAGCCAAAGACGAAGAAAGUCUCCAAAAGUAAUCAUAAAAAGCACAAUGGUGAAAACGGGUAUGAAAAGCCUUCACCUACAUAUUACAUCAAUGGCAACAGCAAUGGCAUCUGCAAUGGCAAUGGGGGCUUCAAUGGGAACAGCAAUGGCAUCUUCAAUAGUAACGAAGGCUUCAACGGCAAUGGCAACUGCAAUGGCUUUAGAAGCGUUAACAAUGACAUUACCCUCUGCUUCGAAAAAGAGCUCUCUGACUGCAAUGGAGACUGGGUGGACAGGGACAGCGGGGUGGACGAGGGGCGCAUUUGCGACUUUGACUUUGAGUUCUCCAAGGACGAGAAUGUGUCACAGUAUUCAAUCUCCCACCUCACUGGGUCACUUCUGUCACUUGAACUCGAUUUGGGCCCCUCCAUUCUUGAUGAUGUACUCAACAUCAUGGGUGACCCCAAGGCAAAGAGCAGACCUUGAGCAAUGCCAAAGCUGAAGAGGUGAAAGGGAAAUAUAGAACUUGAGAGAAGUAUGAGAAAUGUCUCAAAAACCUGUCAAGAUACAGGCCAUGGCAUGUGGAGAGCUGCUUAUGUCCUUAUUUUCAAAAUAAGUUUCUAAUUUAGCUUAGUUGAAGUCUCAAUGCUUUUUAUUGUUUGUGCGUUGCACUACCAGUAAUGAGAGAUGCAUGUGCUAUUGAAUAACUACUAAACCACAGCCAUUGUGCCUUUUAUUUUGCAAUUAAAUUAAGACUAAAGGGUAGCUUAGUGUUCUUAAUCUGGCUUUUGCUAUAGAUUUUUUUUAAAGGUUGCUUUGAUACACAAUCUAAAGCUCUGUUUCUCUGUAAAGAUAAUGCAUAUUGUGUGACUUUUAACAUGUUUAUCAAAGCACUGUUUUGUUUGUCACAUUACCAUUUUACUUGUGUUUUUAUUAUAUGGCAUUAAUAAAUAAAAUGUGUCCUAUUUCCCUCUACUUUUUUCAAAAGAGUGAAAUAAUAUCUGUAUCAUUGAUGGUAUGAUACAGUGCCUUCGGAAAGUAUUCGGACCCCUUGACUUUUUCCACAUUUUGUUACA